CUUGGCACUUGGCUUUUACUGAGGGAAGUUUUUGGGGUUGAAGAAGUCGAUGGAGACGAGAGGAACAACGAAGAACUCCGUACAACCGUCACCAACAGCAAGGGGCAGGGUUUGAGUGCAGCAAUUUCGUUAUAUGGGGCAGCAGCUAUGCACAAGGUCGAUGGAUCUCCGGAUGGUUACCUUCAAAGGGCAAAUUCCAUAUCUCUGAAGGGCGCUUUCACCAUACAACCUGCGCGGUCAGAUCGAGAUAUCCAAGCCACAAUUACGUUGAUCAAGGCAUAUACUGCAUCCCUGGGAGUUGACUUGGCCUUCCAAGGCUUUGAGAAUGAAAUGGCUUCGUUCCCGGGGAAGUACUCUCCUCCUGAUGGAGAGAUACUACUUGCAAUUGACGAUGCCUCCGAAGAAGUACUGGGCUGCAUCUGUUUGAGACCAUUGGUACCCAAGAACUUCUCGCCCGACAAAACAGUCAUGUCCGUUCCAGCGAAAAAUGCAGUCAACAGCGGGAAACGCUAUUGCGAAAUGAAACGGUUGUAUGUUCUUCCCUCUACCAGAGGCAGAGGGGUUGGCAAAGCGCUAGUGUUGGCUCUUCUGCAAGUUGCGCAGGACAGAGGAUAUGACGAGAUGAGACUUGAUACUCUUCGUCACAUGCAUGCUCCUAUUGAACUGUAUAGGAGUAUGGGGUUCAAGGACAUUGACAAAUACUAUGAGACACCGCUGGACAACACGGUAUUUCUAGGGUUGGAAUUAUAGACAGACGGUAUGUUAGAGAAAUAGACGGCUGCAUUGGUUUGGUUUAUUGAUGGUUAUGAUCUCAACAUUCUCAUCUAAAUGCUCUAUUUCAGAAAACGGCACUUUGGCGUCUUGCUGUGUAACCUGACCUUUAAUUUUUUUUUUUUUUUUU